AAUUUGCAAAAAUUGCUUUAAUAAAAUAACCUUUUCUCGCGAAUCAAAAUGGCCGCUAUUACUGGCAAGUUCCUUCUGCGCUCCCUCUUUCUCUGUUUAUGAUUCCUUUGCUGAGGACGUGAGCUCGUCAAAAACGAAAAAUGACUGAAAUGGAAUCAUUUGACGACCUGGGGACGGUGGCCGACACCUACCCCGCGGCCAUCUCAACAGAACUUCCGGAAAUCAAACUGUUUGGUCGUUGGAGUUGCGAGGAGACGCAAGUCAACGACAUGUCGCUUCAGGAUUACAUUGCCGUGAAGGAGAAGCACGCCAAGUAUCUGCCACACUCUGCGCAGCGUUACGCCGCGAAGCGAUUUCGAAAGGCUCAGUGUCCGAUCGUCGAGCGCUUGACCAAUUCCCUGAUGAUGCACGGACGAAAUAACGGCAAGAAACUCAUGGCGGUCAGGAUCGUCAAGCACGCCUUUGAAAUUAUCCACCUCCUCACCGGUGAAAAUCCUCUCCAGGUUUUGGUGACGGCGAUAAUAAAUUCGGGACCGAGGGAAGAUUCGACGAGAAUCGGUCGUGCAGGAACCGUUCGGCGUCAAGCUGUGGACGUCUCGCCACUGCGUCGUGUCAAUCAGGCAAUUUGGCUUUUGUGCACUGGAGCCCGCGAGGCCGCCUUCAGAAACAUCAAGACAAUCGCCGAGUGUCUCGCCGAUGAGCUGAUCAACGCCGCGAAAGGAUCCUCGAACUCUUACGCGAUCAAGAAGAAGGACGAGCUUGAGCGUGUCGCUAAAUCCAACCGAUAAACAACUCCCACUGCGGCAACUGUCGUCUGUGGCUUUUUUUUUAUUCAUACUCGAAUAAAAUUAAUCUAUUGUA